AUGAAGGAAGCUAUAGUUGCUCCCAACACUACAGUCAAAGUCAUCGACUCACCCAUCCCAGAGCCUGGGCCAAGCGAGAUCCUAAUCAAGGUAGUCGUUUCUGGCACAAAUCCCAAAGAUUGGAAAGUACCAUUUUGGAGCAAUACAUCUUCCAACUCUGGUGAUGACAUAGCGGGCAUCGUCGCUUCUCUUGGACCCGGUGUGCGCGGGUUCCAUAAGGGUGACCGCGUUGCUGCAAUGCACGUCGGACUUGCAAGCUUCGGAUCGUUCGCUGAAUACGCGAUCGCCCCUGAGCACACUGUAUUCCCUAUUCCUGAGUCUAUCAAGUUCGAGGAGGCAGCCACAGUUCCGUUUGCGGCUUACACGGCUGCAGUCGCCUUGACUCGCACCCUCGAGUUCCCGUCUCCUUGGGACCGACCAGCAACUUCCAGCAGACCUCUGAUCAUUUAUGGCGCAAGCACUGCUGUAGGUGCAUUUGCAAUCAAGCUGGCCCGGGCAGCAGGUGUUCAUCCCAUCAUUGCCGUCGGUAGCCAAAACAGCAAGUCCGUUGUUCCUCUUUUGAACGAAGGAAACAAGUUCGUAGACUAUACCACCUACAAGACGGAUGAAGAACUCGCAGAGGCCAUCAACAGAGCUGCUUCGGAGGCUGGCGUUUCGGCCGGACAGAUACACGACGUUUUUGACACCGUUUCCACUGAGAGAACCAUUGCCUUGCUUGGUAAAGUCGUCGAAACAGCUGUGGGUCGAGAGCCAAAGCUGGCUCUUGUCCUCCCUUCCGCCGACUCAGUCAGCGUCGAUUCGAGGGUGCAAGUGUUGCCAAUAAACGUUGGCAUUGUACAUGGAGCCAGCGAAAAUGAUCAGUUGUUUGGUUUAGUAUGGGGACAGGCUUUCGCGCGGGGUCUCGCAGAAGGCUGGUUGACACCGCACCCCUAUGAGCUCGUUCAGGGUGGACUUGGUGGACUUGAAGGAGCAUUGAAGGAUUUAAAAGAAGGCCGGGUGCGAGGGAAGAAGAUGGUGAUUAGGAUCUUGGAAACUAAAGAUAUCGUCUGA